GAGAGGGGGAGAGAAAUGAGAGGCCCAAAUUGAUAGAUAGAGCUUACCAUUCUUCUGAGCCGAGCGAGUACAAAGAGAGAAAGCCAAAGGCUUGCCUUAUCCUAUCUAUCUUUCUAUAUCCUCUCAAAACUCACCCCCUCUCUCUCUCUCUCUCUCUCUCUCACUCGCUCACCGAACUUAUUGUGUCUUCCUCUCUAGCAACUUUCACUUAACUCUUCCUUUAAUAAGCUCUCUUCCUUUAAUAAGCUCUACCUCAACAAAGUAUAACUACACAAUAAUAUCUCUCUCCCUCUAUUUAUUGGCUAGUGUUUGGCAUUGUUUCUUGAGAAGUUGUUCAACUAAGUUCAAUAAUUAGCUCUUCUUCGUUUUUGUUGUUGUUGUUGUUGUUGUUGUUUCUUUGAAUUGAUUUUGAUGAGAGAGUGUUCUUAAAUUGAACUAGCCAUUAAUUCAAUAUAUGGCACAGCUCUAGCUCUGAACAAGUCUUUUGUAUUUCACUUUGUGCACAAAAAUCAGGCACUGCUUGCUUGCUAGCAGCUUUUUGUUCGACAAAUACUAAUUCAUAGCAUUGUUCUUGCCGUCACAAAAUUUGUAUCCAAGUUAUACAAAAAUUCAAUUUCAAAUUCCAUUCCAUUCAAUUCCAUUCCAUUCAAUUCCAUCCCAUCCAAUUAGUGUUUGGACUUUGGAGGCACAAAAUGUCUCCUAAAACAGGUAAGGCAAAACCCCACAAACCCAAAGGAGAGAAGAAGAAGAAGGAAGAGAAAGUUUUGCCUACAGUAAUUGAAAUUACAAUAGAAACUCCCGACGAGUCGCAAGUGACGCUUAAGGCAAUAUCAACGGACAGGAUUUUAGAUGUGAAGAAGCUAUUAGCAGUCCACGUGGAGACAUGUCACAUGACAAACUAUUCAUUAUCUCACGAGGUACGAGGUCCAAGACUGAAAGAUUCGGUGGAGGUUGUGUCUCUCAAACCAUUCCACCUCAGCAUGGUAGAAGGUAAUGCGUUUUGAUAGACGGUUAAAACAACCCUACUUUACACGAGAAGUAUUUUUAUAUUUAUAUAUUUAAAAAAAAAAA